UCCCCCGUGUGUCCGUCUGUGCUAACUGACGCUAAGGAAGCACUCUGCACCUCCUCUAAUCGCCUCCUUCCUCCUCACAGGCUGCAGGCUCUGAGGAAGGAGAAGUCACGUGACGCGGCGCGGUCGCGGCGCGGAAAGGAGAACUUUGAGUUUUACGAGCUGGCCAAGAUGCUGCCGCUGCCGGGCGCCAUCACCAGUCAGCUGGACAAGGCGUCCAUCAUCCGGCUCACCAUCAGCUACCUGAAGAUGAGGGACUUCGCCAACCAGGGAGACCCGCCCUGGAACCUGCGCAUCGAGGGCCCGCCCCCCAACACCUCAGUCAAAGGUAGGAGCGCUGAAGGUGACGAGCAGAGCUACGUCUAUGACGACUUUGCCCCCGUCUCGCACAUCCUGCUGACCGGCACGCCGCUGGUCGUCUACCUGGGAUACGCCGCCAACAAGAGAGGAGACGUGAGGAGGGCCAGGGCGGCGGCGAGCCCACGGUCCG